AUGUCCCCUGUCCCUGUGUCCUACCCUGGAGAGGUCCCUGGGAUGGGGAAUAGGGUGCUCCUGUGGCACAUUCUCUCCCCAGGUGUGUGCUGCAAGAACCAGGAGGAGAGGCUGUUCCAGGACCUCAUGAGCAACUACAACCAGAACCUGCGCCCAGCGCUGCGUGGGGAUGAGGUCAUCGAUGUCACCCUCAAGCUCACCCUCACCAACCUCAUCUCCCUGAAUGAGCGGGAGGAGACCCUCACCACCAACGUCUGGAUUGAGAUGCAAUGGUCUGAUUAUCGUCUGCAGUGGGACCCUGAAAAAUAUGACAACAUCCAGCUGCUACGAGUGCCCUCCACCAUGGUCUGGCUGCCUGACAUCGUCCUGGAGAACAACAUUGAUGGGACAUUUGAAAUCACCCUCUACACCAACGUGCUGGUGUCCCCCGACGGCAGCAUCUACUGGUUACCUCCUGCCAUCUACCGCAGCGUCUGCUCCAUCCAUGUCACCUAUUUCCCCUUCGACUGGCAGAACUGCACCAUGGUCUUCCAGUCCCAGACAUACAGCGCCAACGAAAUCAACCUGCUGCUGACAGUGGAGGAAGGUCAGACCGUGGAGUGGAUCGUCAUAGACCCCGAGGCUUUCACAGAGAACGGUGAAUGGGCCAUCAAGCACCGCCCUGCUCGGAAAAUCAUCAAUUCAGAGCACUUCACCCCAGAUGACACCCAGUACCAGCAGGUCGUCUUCUACCUCAUCAUCCAGCGCAAGCCACUCUUCUACAUCAUCAACAUCAUUGUGCCCUGUGUCCUCAUCUCUGCCAUGGCUGUGCUGGUCUACUUUUUGCCAGCCAAAGCGGGUGGGCAGAAAUGCACUGUCUCCAUCAAUGUCCUCUUGGCCCAGACCGUCUUCCUCUUCCUCAUUGCACAGAAGGUGCCCGAGACCUCCCAGGCUGUGCCUCUCAUUGGGAAGUACUUGACCUUCCUCAUGGUGGUGACAGUGGUGAUCGUGGUAAAUUGUGUCAUCGUCCUCAAUGUCUCUCUGAGAACACCCAACACUCACUCCAUGUCCCCGAGAGUUCGCCAGGUGUUCUUGCACCUCCUGCCCCGCUACCUGGGCAUGCACAUUACGGAGGAGACACCGGGGCCACCACAAGCCACCCGGAGACGCAGCUCUCUGGGGCUCAUUGUGAAAGCUGAUGAGUACAUGCUCUGGAAAGCCCGGACUGAGCUGCUCUUCGAGAAGCAAAAGGAGAGGGAUGGGCUAAUGAAAACUGUGCUGGAGAAGAUUGGACGUGGCCUGGAGAGCGGCAGUGCCCAGGACUUCUGCCAGAGUCUGGAGGAAGCAGGGCCUGAGAUCCGUGCCUGUGUGGAUGCCUGCAAUUACAUUGUCAAUGCCACGCGGGAGCAGAACGACUUCAGCAGCGAGAGCGAAGAGUGGAUCCUGGUGGGACAAGUGAUCGAUCGCGUCUGCUUCUACAUCAUGGCUUCCCUCUUUGUGUGCGGCACCCUUGGCAUCUUCCUCAUAGCUCGAUUCAACCAGGCACCUGCCCUGCCCUUCCCUGGGGACCCUAAGCAGUACCUGCCACAGUGA